CUCUCUCCCCCCCUCCCCCGUUUCGCGCCGUCCACAUCCCGAGACGCAAGCAUGGCUGCCGCUGCUUCUGCUCCGAUGCCGCCGCACUAUUUCCAGUAAACAACAAUACCCACUCCCCACCCGUGUACGUACCAUUCGCCCGUCCCCCCAAGAACUCGUGCUCCCUCCCUCCCCAAUCCCCAUCCUCCCUCCACUUGCCGCACACACGGGGGUGGUCUAUUGUCCGUCGAGACUCUCUGUUUGGGUUCCAAGAAGUGUGCGCGGGGGAGACGCCGGAGAUGGGUUCCUGCGCGUCGGUCCACAAGGAGGACGUCGAGCUGCCCAAGAAGCAGCAGCUGCUCGCCCCCUCGCCGCCGUCCAAGGACGGCACCCCCGUCGGCGACGUCCUCGUCGACCUCAAGCGCAAGAUCGAGGGGUUCGGCCCUGGCGGCAGGACCCCUGACUCCGGUAGCAAGGAUGAGAUGUUCUUCGAGUCUCAACCGUGGUUAGAUUCCGACUGUGAGGACGACUUCUACAGCAUAAAUGGAGAUUUCACUCCGUCCCGCGGCAGCACUCCGGUCCAUCAACCCAGGGCGCAGACCGUGAUGAGCAACGUGUUUCUACCUGAUAACGCCGCGCAGAGCCCCAACUCAUCGGAGGCUUCUCCGACCGGACGGAGAAAAUUAGCCGACCUCCUGCAGGAGGCGACGCGAAACGACACCGGAGAGAGCGCCGCAGCCGCCACCGGAGAGUCAGACGGCAGCAAGAGCGGACAGCAGGGUCCGCAGCCCGGCGCCGUGGCAGCUGGGAAGUCUGUGUCAGAGCCCAGCUCCGGCUGCAGCACGGAGCCGACGCCGGUGAGGGAGGCUAGGAGCCGGAAAGAGCGGGCCUGGUACUCCGGCCGCUGCUGCCUGCCGACCUUCGUCCACAGCCUGGCUCUAGACGACGAGGGGCGGCAGAAGACGGGCCCUGGCCCCUGCGCCGUCUGAGAUAGGGUCGACGGCGCGGCGUCUCCGAGCUGUAUCUACUACGAUAUACCACCACUACUACUACCUGAACCUGAUCAGCCCCUGAAUCGAGCUACUGUAAAGAUGGUGAGAGCGCUGAGAGUGCCAUAUAUAUAUAUAUAUAUAUAUAUAUAUAUAUAUAUAUAUAUAUAUAUAUAUAUAUAUAUAUAUAUAUAUAUAUAUAAAUAUGCUUGUAAUAAUCAAGCGAAUAGUCCACUCCGGGGAGUUCAUGUGCUGAACCCUACCUAGCUCGACAAAAUGCUUCGGCCUGUGCAUAUCUUUAAUCUCCUUGCCUGCCUCUGAUCUGAGCCUGAGUGAUCUCUCUCCAUGGAUAUGUUUUUCAGUUGCCAGCAGUUGGCCAGAAAGAAAAUGGCAUGAUUGAUGCCUCUGUUUAGAAUUACUUGUCGCAGAAAUGGAUGUAUCCAGAUGUAUUUUAGUUCUAGAUACAUCCAUUUUCGAGAUAAGUAAUUUCGAACGGAGGGAGUAGUACCUACCAUGCCAUGUUCUCCAGGGGUUCACUGUGUGUGAUUGGUGGGGUUUGUGGCAACUUGAUGAUGGGUGCUGGACAAGUGGA